AAGAAAAAAAAGAAAAAAAAACAAUAUACUUGAUCUCUAUACACUUCAUUCCUCCUCCUCUAAAAUAUGCACUCACUCGCCUACUUUUCCACACUCUUUUUCAUUUCUUCUGAUACACAUUUUCUGUUUGUGACACUGCAAAGUGCACUUCUGCUGCUAAAAGAAUCAUCUUUUUCACCAUCCCUUCUUUCGUUUUCGGUUUUCCGUCGGUCAUUUUCUAUAAAUAUGUAGCCAAUGAUUUGAUUCGGCUGAAUGUAUCUCAACUUCAAGAAAUUGUAUAGCUUUUCUUGAUUCCUUCUUCCAUGGAUAGAAAUUAUGGAGUUCUUUUGAUCAGUUUCUAUGUUUGUUUUGCAGCCAUUUUCCUACUCCAAUGUGAUGCUGCUACAAGAACAACAGCAUUUCACAAAUACAGAAGUUCAAGCACUAGAAAAACCACUCCAAGAAAAUUUCGCUCAUUCAAGAAAAUCGAAACGGAUAUCCAAUUAGACUCGUCGAACACCGACGUGUUCGUAAGUCCACCAUAUGAGUCCCUCCCACCUUUUCCUUUGCCCGAAAAUACCCCUCAAUUUUGCGUGGAUCCACCACCACUCACCCCACAGCCACCUUCCACUGUCGUCCCAAGCCCAAUCGACGGCGGCUACAUGCCAUCGCCGCCACCUUCCACCGCCGUCCCCAGCCCAACCGACGGCGGCUACACGCCAUCGCCGCCACCUUCCACCACCAUCCCAAGCCCAACCGAUGGCGGCUACACACCAUCGCCGCCACCUUCCAUCGCCCUCCCCAGCCCAACCGACGGCGGCUACACACAAUCACCGCCACCUGCCACCGCAGCACCCGCACUGCCGGGCCCACCCGAAACAAUGCCGUUUCCGAAUCCACCUACACCAACCAUAGUUCCAAUUCCACCAACACCAACCGAACCAGCGUUAAGCCCACCGCCUUACUACUACGAGCCUAGCCCACCAAGCUCGGUGCCCAACCCACCUUUCAACCUACCGUCCCCUUCUUCUGGUGUAACUCCGAGCCCGAGAUUUCUGCCGCCAAUUGUGUUCCCGCCGCCGACGGUGCCGCCGCCGCCUCACCGAACCCCCGCGACCGCAAUGUGGUGCGUCGCGAAGGCGUCGGUGCCGGACCCGAUCAUCCUAGAAGCGAUGAACUAUGCCUGCGGAUCUGGAGCAGAUUGCGACCAAAUUCAGCCGAGUGGUUCAUGCUUUUCGCCGAACACCUUGUUUGCACACGCAUCGUACGCGUUCAACAGCUACUGGCAGAGAACCAAAGUCGCCGGAGGUACCUGCGAUUUCGGAGGAACGGCAAUCCUCGUCACCGUCGAUCCAAGUUAUGAUGGGUGCCAUUUUAUCUACUUUUGAUUCUUGAAGAAGAAGAAGAAGCUAAAGAGUUUUACAAUAAAGCUAGAGCGAGAGCGGUAUAUAAUACAUACAUUAUACAUACAUGCUUCCACCGUAUAGUAGCAGCAGCUUUACGAUUAGUGUUCUUCAUUUUGGCCACGAUUUUGUAAUAUAUAUAUACAUACAGACUGUGGGAGGAUACUUACACAUUGGUUUUCAUUAUUCGAUUAAGAAGAAUUACUUAACUAUUAUACUCGUUGAAAAAAUUUACUCCCUAAUCCUUGUUAAUGUCUAAAUUACUAUCAAGAAAAGGAACUUAAUCUUGAUUCCACUGUGUGUAGCAUUUUAGCACUUUGCAUCGUCGAAACAAAUUAAUCGUAUUUUGCACCGCCGAAAAAUAAUAAAUCGUGCAUAAUACAUGCUGAAGAAUUUUUAAAGCUAAUGAAGAUAAUUUAAUA